AUGCUCCCUCCUCUCCUCGUACCGCUGCUCUGGUUGGCAAUGGCGUACGCCGUCCCGACUGGCCCCACAACAUCCGGGCCUGCGCCCGGAACUUUCCAGCGCAGUACCCUUACGGUACCGGUCCAUGCCAACCCGGACUACGUCUCGGGCGGGGCCGCUCUCACGGCCGUCUAUGAGAGGUGGAACAUGCCCGUCCCGGAUGCCCUUGCAAGACACACACUGACCCGGCGCUCUGGAUACUACUGCAAAAGCACGGGCAGCUACUGGCUGACCGACAUCUUCGUCGGGAACCCCGAAAACCCCCAAAAGAUACCAGUCAUCAUCGACACGGCCACUUCCGACUUCUGGCUGAUGACUACUGACACCCAGUUUGGCGACAAAGCGCCUAACGGUGUGCCGACGCUGUAUGACCCCUCAAAGUCGACAACGAGCCAGGAAAUUCUCGGCGCUACUUGGUCAUCUUCAUACGGUCCGUCCAUUCUCAGCGGCCAGGGUCCUAUUGAAGCGACUGACCACCUCACCAUAGCGGAUGGUGUCACCAAUUCGGGCAAGGUGUACUUGGACACUGUCCGCUUCGGCCUCCUGACAGACAACCACCGCUUCAACAUCGUCAACGCUACAGUCCAAUCUGUCGUAAAAGUUGACCAACGUUGGGCGGUUGAGCCCAAGGUCAGUGGCGUACUGGGACUUGCGAAAAACCGCCCAUCGAGCGUCCAGCCAAGAAUGCCAUCCAUGUUCGACCGUCUCAAGCCGGAGCUGCAUUUCGAAUGGAUUGGUAUCGACCUGCGGCACAACUCGGACAAGGGAUUCUUCUCCUUCGGGUACUCCAUGGGAACCGCCGACAUCAACGAAAAGCCCAUGGAUGACGACGACGAUUGGAGUUUCCUGGUCACCAAGACUCGCUUGAGUACCAUGAGUGGCGGAGUGUGGUAUAAAUAUGCGCAGCCUUUCGUUGCAACCGUCGAUACAGGCAGCAGCUUCUUGUUACUACCAUCAUCACUGGUAGUCAAGUACUACUCUGAGAUUCCCGACUCGGCCUUUGACCCAGACCUGCAACACUACAUCUUUCCGUGCUCCUUGGCAUCUGGGAUCCCCGACUUCCAGUUCAUAACUGCAGGCGGUUACCUUGGGACCGUUCCGAGGGACCACGUCAACCUCGGACCCGUGCCCGGCAAUACCGAAAAAUGCUACGGCGGCAUCCAGAAAAGUACUGACGGCCAACGUGCCAUAUUCGGUGGGGUGGCGCUCAAGAACAUGUAUGUUCAGCUGAACUAUGGCACACAAGGCAGCUAUGUCGGCUUUGGCGACAAGGGAUCCCUCGAUGUGUGCUCGACGACAUCGGUUUGUGACACGUAA